UGUGAAUGUGAUACUUACUGAAGAGUGGCUACUCUGAUGUUAGCUAUCGCACGGACUCAACCACGGGCAGUUCGAGCUAAAGAGAUUCGGGCACGACUCAAAUGUAAUAAAUUGUUCUAAAGCUAACAUUUAAAACGCCAGCUGCAGGGGUGUUGUUGUACUGAGCCCACGGAGUUUUGAGGGAUCUGCCGCCGUUUCCGAGUGGUCCCCGUGAGCAUGGCGGACCGGGAGGAGCGCCGCUUCGCCGAGGUUUCCCGGGAGUCUGUCAAACUCGUGGCCGAGAGUGCAGGUGUGGAGCUCGGCGACGAUGUGGCUGCUUUGCUGGCUGAGGACGUGUGUUAUCGGCUCAGGGAGGCAACGCAGAGCAGCUCUCAGUUUAUGAGACAUGCCAAGAGGAGGAAGCUGACAGUGGAGGACUUCAACAGAGCUCUGCGCUGGAGCAACGUGGAGCAGACUAUUUGUGGCUAUGGGGCCCAGGAUGCUCUUCCUUUCCGGUCAGUUAAAGAAGGAGAGCUGUUUUUCGUUGAGGAUCGGGACAUCAACCUGGUUGAGUUGGCUCUGGCCACCAACAUUCCCAAGGGCUGUGCAGAGACCAUGGUGCGAGUGAAUGUGUCGUACCUGGAUGGGAAAGGAAACCUGGAGCCUCAGGGCACAGUUCCCACAGCAGUGCAGUCUCUGUCAGACGACCUGUUGAAGUACUAUCAGCAGAUUACACGGGCCAUCCUGGGAGAGGACCCCCACCUCAUGAAGGUCGCUCUGCUGGACCUCCGGUCCAACUCCAAGAUCGCUGCCCUCCUGCCAUACUUUGUUUAUGUCAUCAGUGGGGUAAAGUCAGUAAGUCAUGAUCUGGAGCAGCUCAACAGGCUUCUCCACAUGGUGAAGAGCCUGGUCCAGAACCCCUACCUGUACCUCGGCUCCUACGUGCGCAGCCUGGUCUCCAGUGUCAUGUACUGCAUCCUGGAGCCUCUGGCUGCCUCCAUCAACCCACUCAAUGACCACUGGACCCUCAGGGACUACGCAGCCCUGCUCCUCAGCCACAUCUUCUGGACUCAUGGUGACCUGGUGAGUGGUCUCUACCAUCAGAUCCUGCUGUCACUCCAAAAGGUGCUAUCUGACCCAGUGAGACCCCUCUGCUCCCACUAUGGAGCUGUGGUGGGCCUUCAUGCUCUGGGAUGGAAGGCUGUUGAGAGAGUGCUCUUUCCACACCUUCCUGCCUACUGGGCCAACCUUCAGGCUGUGCUGGAUGACUACUCUGUUUCCAAUGCCCAGGUCAAAGCAGAUGGACACAAGGUCUAUGGAGCCAUCCUGGUGGCAGUGGAGCGCCUGCUGAAGAUGAAGGCUCUGUGUCUGUCUCAGCCAGCAGAGGGAGGCCCCAGCAGUCAGCUGGGCUCUGUGGUGGGUGCUAUGGGUUACAGGGUGAGCUCCCCUGGCCUCAGCCCCCCUCCAGAGCCUCUGUCAGAGGCUGCCCUGGGAAUCGCCAGCCACCUUCAGGCAGGCGGGGCCGGCUGUCCCUGGGAGGAGUGGACCCCGGUCCCUCUCCCCGCCAUGUACUGUGAGCUCUACUCCUUCUUCGGAGACAGUCUGGCUGUCAGGUUUAGCACAGGGCCCGGGUUUGGCAGCUACCCCGCCUGCACCCCGUCGCAGCUCGGCGAUGCCAGGAAGGAACCCCCUGGCCCCACCUCCAACCCUGACACCACCAGAAAGAUGCCACAGCUGACCGCCAACCUCAACAUCAGCCCCAGGCACGAUGGGAGUCCUCGCACCGAUCCGCCCCCACCCAGCCUGGCAGCAACCGGAUCAGGACGGUCCCUGGCUCGCUCCUCCUCCUCCUCGUCCUCCUCGUCCUCCUCCUCCGUGCAGCGGUCCAGAUCUUCCUCGUCACGUUCGGGCCAGCGUUCAGCAGGUCUGUCUCGUGAUGUUUUCCCGAAAGCUCGUUUCACCUCUCCUCAGACGGGACCUCCAGCAUUCUCCUUCCUCAUCGGCGGGCGGCAGAUGGGUCGCCGUUGCCAAGGGCGCCGCCCCUUCCAGACCACUUUCGCCCCGACUCCAUCUCUUUCUGCCAUCCCUCCACGUGCCUACGCCCACAAACUUCCUGUCAUCGGUAGGGUGGGCAAACCUGUACGCCGCUGGGCAAGUUCCCAUUACUCCCUUCAUCUGCCUCUCUAGUCUCAGAAAUGAGCUUCAGAUUGUGGUAGUGAUGACUGCUACAGACUGACCCCCACAUUCAUAUUGUUCAGCUUAAGCUGCCAGUAAUUAUUCUUUUGUGAUGAUAUUUUCAUAGUUGAGAAUUGCAAGCAUUCAGUUUCAUUAUCAAGGUGGACAGCAACAUUUUGACUGUAACUCACUGAGACAACAUCAGUCUUUACUGUCACUUCAAACUGAUUUAAAGCCGCUAUGUACAAUGUGAAAACUUCUGACUUUGGUGCCCACCAGUGGUAGUAGGAAGACCCUGUUGGACAGCAAUGUACCACACAGCUCCACAAACCAACCAGGGGACUGAGCAUCACACCAGCAGUGUUUAAUUUUCCUACAAAUAAAUACUUAUCUAACUUAUUGAGAAGAUGCUACAAUAACAGUCUGCACACAGGAGCAUUAAAGGGAUUGUCUGGGAUUUCUGAAGAGUACCAGCACAGAGGCGAUCAGUGUACGACUGUGGACGGGGUCAGCAGCAAAACAUAUUUUAUCCGUCAUUAUUUGAUACAUUUUUAUAACAAAAUGAUCCAUUAAAGCCGCCUGAUGUUGCAGUCUUGACCUUUUUUGGCCAACAUAGUUUUGACUAAAAUUAGUCUCCUACCCCAGUGCCUGUUAUAUCUGUCUUUAGAGCCCAUUCUGUAGCCCCUGCACACCCAUGGUGGAACCACAGAGGAGUUUUCUCCAUUCUGCUGCUGCCAUAUAGAUCAGUCUGAUUGGAUUGAUUUUAUGUCUGCAGGAAAAUGAUAAGAAUGCCAAUAUUGAAACACCACUUAAUUCCAAAUGGUUCCUGAAGAGCUGAAACGAACAAAUAUUCUCAUUAUUAUUAUCGAUAUGUCAGAUGAAUCAGAGAAAAAUCUCAUCACAGUAUUCAAAUAUUUAUGGAACAAGAGAGUUGUUGGCAUUUGUGCCUCUGACACGUGAUUUAAAAGAUUCAUUGAUUGGGAAGAUUGUUGUUGAUGAGCUUCUCAUCGCCAUAUUUGGAGUCAAUGCUACAGUGGAAUAAAAAAAAUCAACACUGACCUCACAUUUGUGUCAGUGCGAGAUGCGUCUGCAGCAUUUGGUGUGACCUGCUGAAGCUGGAGCUCAGACCUGAGUGUCAUGAACAGGAUCCCACAGUGGAGAGACUGGAGACAGAAGAAAAGUGUGGAGUGAGGAGCAGAGUGGUUAUUCCUCUCUGACUGAAUACCUGCUGAGGACUGUUGGAGCAAAUGGACGGCAUAUCGACCUGCUUUGUGUUUGGACAAAAGUUUGACAUCUUGUAAAUAGUUGUUGUUUUCAUUAAAUAAAAAAACUGUUUAAG